GAAGGGGGGCGGUGUAAGGCUGAGUGAUUUCCUUCCGGCACGUCGCCCGCUCCGUGGGAGGGGGUGGGGGGUUUCACUUCCGGGACGGUGUUCCGGCCCAUUCCGGCCCAUUUCCACCCCCGGAGGUAGGUGCUGCUCCUUGACUGGACUCGGGCCCCACACCCCAGUGCCACUUCCCUGCACCGGGGUCACCUCGCCCGCCCUCCGCCGCAGCGCGCUCCUGGGGCGCUCAGCUACUUUCCUUCACCCCGCCUCCAGGCACCGGGCGACCUUCCACCUCCUUGGCCCCCGGCCGGGCUGAUCUGCCGGACCCGCCCCCUCGCGGGGCCCCUCCCUCAGGACCCCGGGAAGGGCGGCCCCCUCCCCCACCGCAGCCGGGACACACCCAGAUACGCACACCCACCUCCCGGCAGCUCCCCGCCCGCUGCCGCCUGGAGCCGGUCCUCGGGCGCCGCCCCCUUCCUAGUUCUCACCUGAGCGCUGGCUCCCCCGCCCGACGCCUUGUCCCCAUCUUCUCCGAAGUUCCUCAGUGACAUUUUGCCCUUUAGCCAGUUCCCCUCUCCCCAGGCUUCCUAACGCAGAAGAAAGCUACUCAAGUGCUGGAGUGGCCAACCCCAUGCCGUUCCCAAUUCUCCCUUUUACAGCUCUCACCCCUCCAGUGCCGACGGUAGCGAAAGACUUUCCUCCAGGGGCUUCCUCACUGGGGAAUUGCCGGAAAGAGCAAACAAAAAAGGCGCUGGUGUAGGCUCCAAAAUAAACACAUCUGAAUUCAUGAUGGCAUCGACAGAGGCUCUUAUUGGAUUAAAAGUUUCAAAACAAACAAUAACGCUUUGGAAAAAGGGUUGAAUGCACCCUCAGGCACGACCAUGGAGAAAGGUGGGAACAUACAAUUGGAGAUUCCUGACUUCAGCAACUCUGUCCUGAGCCAUCUAAACCAGUUGCGCAUGCAGGGCCGUCUCUGUGAUAUUGUGGUCAAUGUGCAAGGACAAGCUUUUCGGGCUCACAAAGUGGUGCUGGCUGCCAGCUCCCCCUAUUUCCGGGAUCACAUGUCCUUGAAUGAGAUGAGUACAGUCUCCAUUUCAGUCAUCAAGAACCCUACUGUUUUUGAACAGCUCCUUUCUUUCUGUUACACAGGGCGGAUAUGCCUGCAACUGGCAGAUAUCAUCAGCUACCUAACAGCUGCCAGUUUUCUGCAAAUGCAGCAUAUUAUAGACAAAUGUACACAGAUCCUGGAGGGCAUUCAUUUCAAAAUUAAUGUGGCUGAGGUUGAAGCAGAAUUAAGUCAAACAAGGACAAAGCAUCAAGAGAGACCUCCAGAGUCUCACAGGGUUACACCAAAUCUCAACCGCUCCCUUAGCCCACGACAUAAUACCCCAAAGGGAAACCGGCGAGGUCAGGUUAGUGCUGUGCUGGAUAUCAGAGAGCUAAGUCCUCCUGAGGAGUCCACCAGCCCUCAGAUCAUUGAACCAAGUUCUGAUGUAGAGAGCCGGGAGCCCAUUCUUCGGAUCAACCGAGCAGGACAGUGGUAUGUGGAGACAGGAGUGGCGGACCGUGGGGGUCGGAGUGAUGAUGAAGUUAGAGUUCUUGGAGCAGUACACAUCAAAACUGAAAAUCUGGAGGAGUGGCUUGGGCCUGAGAAUCAGCCUUCUGGAGAAGAUGGGAGUAGUGCAGAGGAAGUAACAGCCAUGGUAAUUGAUACCACAGGCCAUGGUUCUGUAGGACAGGAAAAUUACACUUUAGGGUCUUCAGGAGCCAAGGUGGCUCGGCCAACAAGCAGUGAAGUUGACAGAUUUAGCCCCUCCGGCAGUGUUGUUCCCUUGACAGAGAGACACAGAGCCAGAAGUGAGUCUCCUGGGAGAAUGGAUGAGCCUAAGCAACCCAGCUCCCAGGUAGAAGAAUCAGCAAUGAUGGGAGUAAGUGGCUAUGUGGAGUAUCUCCGAGAGCAGGAAGUAUCUGAGCGGUGGUUCCGGUACAACCCUCGUCUCACCUGCAUCUAUUGCGCCAAAUCUUUCAACCAGAAGGGAAGCCUGGACCGCCACAUGCGCCUACACAUGGGGAUCACACCAUUCGUCUGCCGCAUGUGUGGCAAGAAGUAUACCCGGAAAGAUCAGCUGGAGUAUCAUAUCCGCAAGCACACAGGCAACAAGCCCUUUCACUGUCAUGUCUGUGGCAAAAGUUUCCCCUUCCAGGCCAUCUUGAAUCAGCACUUUCGCAAAAACCACCCUGGCUGUAUACCCCUGGAGGGGCCUCACAGCAUCUCCCCUGAAACAACUGUCACAUCUCGAGGACAAGCUGAGGAAGAGUCACCUUCACAGGAAGAGACAGUUGCUCCUGGGGAAGCUGUCCAGGGCUCUGUGUCCACCACUGGGCCAGACUGAAACAUCCAGGGGGAGGGGGCUGACCAUCUUCCCCUUUGAGCCAUAAGCAGCCAGCAUCAGAGCCAUGGGCUGAUACUUAGAUUCACAAAAUGCCACAUCACUAGGCCAGAAGAUGCUCCCAAGAUGUUGCCAAACUGGAGGAUCAGCAACAUACACAAAAGCACUAAAGGCUCCUCCCUUCUUAUUGCCCGCCUCACACUUUGGAAAAUAAUCAAGCAAAUCAACUUUCUAAUUCAGGGAUCAACAGCCUUGGUUUGUUAACUUUAUAAGAAAAAAGGUUUUUUAACAAAACGAUGAUGAUAAAUGGUCAUUUAUCUAUCAGUCAUGUUUGAACACUGUACUUUGGUCCAUAUCAUCUUGGUGGCUAUAAUUGCCCGGAUCUAAAAAAUGCAGCAGGAGCCUCAGCCAUCCGAAGCAGCCAACCACAAGAGAGGAGGUAGUCAUGAUGGUGAUGAGGAGGAGAAAUUUCUCCUCUUCCUUCCCUGCCAUAAGAUGCAUUUUUGUGUUUCAAGAAAAAACAAAUGAAUACUGGUGGUUCUUAUUUUGAAAGGUUAUAGACUUUAUCUUUCCCCUGACUAGGCAUCUAAUACUUUGCCUGGUUAUUUCAUAUAAUCAGCCAUCUUGAAGCAGUAUUCUAGUGGACAGCAUCACCUGAAGCACUUGGCAACUGGGAGUGAAAUGAGCAGCAAAGUGUAUGCAAUAGGUACUGCUACAUUUGGGGGGCUUGAGUGUUGUGUUGAGGAAGAGGAGAGCAGGGAGGGAAGUGUUUUUAUGUUUUGCAAAUAUCAAACAGCACAGAGCCGUUCUGCAACUUCCUGACUGGUAUUUGUAAACCAUAGUGCUACACAUCCUUGGGUAAUGGCUCUAGUUCAGGUGAAUUAAUGUGUUAGGCUGACUACCAAAGUUUCAUCCAGUCUCUUUGGCUCCUAUUUUCACGUUCAGCAAUAUUGUAAUCAAAAAUGUCACUUUCCAGUGAAAUGAGCCUGGAUUGUAUUUUUAAAUCCACAGGUCUCCAUAUUUGAUAACUUUUAUAUGAAGUUUUAAACAUGUUUUUUCUGCAGUAUUGUGGUUGAAGAAAUUCAACACUAUGGUUCUUACUGCAACCACAAUUUCAUUUCCUUAUACAUAUGUAAUAGUUUAUAUUUUCAGGCAUAUAGAAGAACCUCACUUAAAACUAUGUCUCGGGUCUGCAAACCUAGUAAUUCAUAAACCAACCAUCAGCAAACCAUAGCUGGUGACUCCAAGAGCUUUGCUUUUUAAUAAUAUACUACAGGGCACUUAUCAGAAAACAUCAUGCAGAAUCAUGUUGCAAUAAAUGAUCAAAGGAUCAAUUUUGAUCAGGUUUGGUUACUUAGUCAUUCCUAAGAUUUUUAAAACUUCAAGGGACCCUUUUAGUAAUUCUGGGUAUUUCUAAGAUUCUUAAUCCAGCACUGAGAGAAAGAAUUUACCAAACAUGUAGAGCUUUAGAUACCCCGUCUUUCAUGCAGUGAGAGAAGGAGGAAUAUUAAGGGAUGCGGGCAAAUGGAUGCUUAUAACUUACAGUGCAAGUUGAAAAAUCUCUAGCUUCUGUUGACAGAGCACUAGUUGUUGGGGUUCUUUUAAGUAUGUAAUGGUUUAAGAAAUUGUUUCAGUGCAGAGGCAUAGAUGACUGUAAAAGAGAUUUGGCAGAGGGGCAGGUUGUACCUACACUGGUGAACCAUCUGUGAGAAUGUUAGUCAUGUGCUCCUUUCCUGAGAUUGCUUUGUGGUAUGUGAAAAGGUGGGUAGAAAAUAAAGAAAUUUCUUUGAGAUAAGAAAUUAGAAUGCAAAGGGUAGAUCUUAAGCAAUCUGAGAAUUGUACAUGUACAUAAAGCUGCACCCUCUCACAAGAGAAAGGUUAUUUUGUCUUCUGAAAAAGCAUAGAAAUGCAUCUUUUAUGGGAAGAUAAUGAUGCUACCAUUUAAUAAGAGCCUACCCUUAAAGGCAGCAUUGAAACUGUAUUUUGUCUUUAGGAGACGUAGACUGGUGCAUCCUCCGCUUUAGUUAGGCAACAGCAUGAUAAGGAAAAAACUGUCUUCUAAAGCCAUCUUUAGGGACUGGCUAUGCUCUGUGGCAUAGAAAAGGUAAAGUUGAAUUAGCCAAAAAUCCUUAGGGAAACAACUGGUAAUAAGGUUUUCAGUGGACAGAUUUUGCCAUUACUAAAUAGGCAGUGAGGUGAGAAGUACAGAUUAUGCUGCUUUGGAUGGAGCCUUUAAGCCUACCAGAAAACUUUAAGUCCAUCCUACUUUUGAGAAAUAGUAUGCUAGAAAGUUCUGUUUUUCUUUUUCUUCUUUUUUAUAUUUUUUAGAGACUGUGUCUUGCUCUUGUCACACAAACCAGAGUGCAGUGGUGCAAUCAUAGCUCACUGUAAUCUUGAACUCCUAGGCUCAAGCGAUUGACCUGCCUCAGCCUCCAGGUAGCUAGGACUAUAGGCAUGCAUCACCAUGUCUAGCUAAUUUAUAAAUUUUUUUGUAGAGACGGUGUCUCUACAAAAUUUGCCUAGGUUGGUCUUGAACUCCUGGCCUCAAGUAAUCCUACCACCUUGACCUCCCAAAGUGCUAGGAUUACAGGCAUGAGCCAGUGAACUUGGCCUGGAGAAAGAAUUCUUUGUUGCUUUGUUAGUUUCUUAGAUUAUAUGUGAGAAAAUGGAGCUUUUUAAACUAUUACCAAAUUUUAAAGGUGAAGUGCAGUAAUUUCUGUAAAGAGAAACUUUGCAGCAUUUGUCAAUUCUCCAUCCAGGGUUAGCAACAAACAAAUGAGGUAGGGACUAUCUCAUUCUUGUGGAAAUGCUAUGAAUGUUUGGUGGGUUUCCCCUCCCUUUUCUUUUCAUUCACUUUAAAUAGCCUUUUCCUAUAUUGAUACUGUGAAUAGGGUGCUUCCUGGUCAUCUAGGACCACUUUAGCACAAUCAUGUUUGCUGGUUCUCUCAAUUGGCCUAGCCAGAGCCACAAAAUUCAUGAAAAUUUAAGGCAGGCUAGCUUUUAAACAAAUUAAAACUGCUGAAAACAAUUUCAGCCUUUUCGUUAAAAGAGAUGUCGUUAUUCUAAAUAACUGUCCAAGACUCUUACCCACAUACACUGUGACAUUGUCCUAGUUCUUAGCUAACAACACGUUGGUCAUAGGAGUUACUGAUGUUCUAUCUACAUUAAUGAACACCUAUUGGUGUAUGCACAGAGGAUACCUCUUAAGGAUGUACUAAAUGGACUUUGGUUGAUGCUGAAAAUUGAUUACCAAAUCUUAACUUGCACGUGUUACCUUGUGAAGGGAACUGCAUUAGCAAUGAGAGCUACAUCAUCAUGAAGUACUUUAAUGCCAUGAAAUUGCAAACACUGGGACUGUUUUCAUUUAUUGAGUGGCACUUAGUAGCAAAGGAGCUAUCCAGUAUUCUCAGCAAAAAAGAGAGACGGAAGUAUAUUAAUCUAUUUUCAUACUAAGAUGUUCCUUUAUUCUCUCUGAACUCUAAUACCAGUAUAAAAUAUAGCAUUGGCAUGAACAGUUAAUGCUGUACUUAGGCAGAAAGGCUCCUUCUAAUGACUUGUUCUCUCUUUACUCAGAACCGUAUUUACCUCUGAACCAAGUUGAAUUUUAUUUUAUCCAAGUUGCAAACUACCCCAUGCCAUUUUUAUUAUAAUAGAGUGUUAAAUCUAAUCUCAAAUACAUAAAGGUAAAUUAGUUCAUAGAGGAUAAAGUUUGGGAAUGAAGAGAGCAGUUAAGGAAAAUUUUAUUUUUUGUCAUUUUUUAAAUGUUUCCAGUUCCCUCUACAGCAGUGAAACAGGGUUUUCCAAAGAUGGUUUGAAGAUAGAAAAAACUUUUUCCCCCUGGCUUCAUAGUUGACAUCUGGUAUUGGUUGGAAUUGGUCUGGUGGCAGAGUGAAGUAGGGAACUUCAUUUUUUUCUUUUUUUUCUUAAAGGCAGGGUCUCACUAUGUUGCCCAGGCUGGUCUCAAACUCCUGGGCUCAAGUGGUCCUCCUUCCUCAGCCUCCUGAGGAGCUGGGACUACAGGCGUGUGACCACACCUGGCUGUAAAUGUCAUUCUUAAUAGCUGAAUAAUCUUUGGUCAAGAAGUAACUUUUCCAGAGUUUUAGCUGUUACUUGACAUUAAUUGGGUUUCUUUUAACUGGUGAAAACUGUAUUUAUUUUGUUUGACUAGACUAUCUAACUUAAAUGAAAGCAAUGGAUAAUGGAAGGGAAACUGAACAAAGACAAAAGUCUUCUUCAUCAUAGUGAAAGGCAUUUAAUCAGGAAGAAGUUGGAAUCCUGGAAGUUUUUCUUUUUUUCAGGUACAAGAGGCAUGAUUUGUUUCUCUUCCUAAAAUGUCCUUCCCCUUAUCUGUGUACUUAUUAGUUCAGGGAAUAACAAAUGAGUCUUAAUUGAACUUAGUCUUUGGAAAUUGAGCUCUUUAUUUAGGUUAUAUGUGAAAGAGUUUAAAAUAUUGAAAUACUUUGGUUGCUAAGCAGAUUUAGACAAGCAACAAGCAAUUGUCGGGCAAAUCCCUAGGUUUGAGAAGAUGUCCUCAGCAAAAUAUACCCUAUCGGGGUUACGGAAUUAGAUGAGGGUUCAGCAAACAGUAGUUUCCAGGUCAAAUGCUGAGGCUACUUGCUUGUGUAAAGAAAAUUAUAAUGGAAUAGGGCCACACUUACUUGUUUAGGUAUUGUUUAUGCCUUCUUUCUACUAUAAUGGCAAAGUUGAGUACUUGUGACAAAGAUCACGUGGCUACAAAGCUUGAAAAUAUUUACUGUCUGGUACUUGUUAGAAAAAAUUUGCCAACUCCAAGAAAGAAUUACCUCCUAAAGUUGUUACUCAUGACAUUUUGCCUUUAUAAUAGUUUGGUUGAAGUUUUAAAUUCAUGUUGUCACAUAUACAUGUUUUCUUGAAAGAGUUUGCCAACUUUUUCUAGAUCCUCUUAUAACUCUUUUUGUGCUCCUUCAUGAUUCCCAUUGCUUUAAAAGCAUUUAGAAUUGGCCUAUUGUUUGUCCUUGCCUUAAUGGUGCCGGUAUUUUAAAGUUUAGUUGUAAGUAAGUUUUGCCAUUCCUCUGAGUUAACUUGAACUGGUUUGCAUAAUGGUGACAAGAAUGAAUUUUUUCCCAAGUGGAUUAAAAACUAAUUUCAUUAUGAAGAAGUAUUUUGAUUCAUAUCCAAAGUACUGUUUUUCUGGAUUAGAACCCCUACCUUUUCCCUUUGCAAUGUAUCUUAAUUUUAACUUCUUUAAACUUACUCUGUUCCACGUAGAGCAGUAAAAAGCCAAGUUUUUCUUCCUUUUUUCCUGGAUGUUUUGAAACAUAAUGAAACAUCUGAGGAUUUCAAAUUCUUUUUAGACCUAUCUUCCCAUUUCUUCCCAUUUCUGUUAUUGUCUAUAAUUCUUCUAAAUACAUAUUGGACCAUUACAUGUUUGCUUUGUGAAUGUUCAUUCUUAGUGUUCAGAUAGCCUACUUAUACUCGAUGUGGGAAAAAUGGGAAAUGUUAGGGGGUUAAUAAACAGAAAUCCUUGCAGGAAGCCGGGUGUGACAGCAGUCACCUAUAAUCCCAGCUACUUGGGAGACUGAGUUGAGAGGCCCACUUGAGGCCAGGAAUUUAAGGACCAGCCUGGGCAACAUAGACCUUAUCUCUAAAACAAAAAAAAAAUCCUUGCAAGAGGAGAGAAUAAUUGCUUCCCAUUUGGAAAUGAUAUAGGGACUUUUGAAUUAGAUCUAUCUUGACAAAGUUUUCUAGGCCAUGCUGUUACAGUAUAGGGAGUUUGAUUCUGUUGUGAGCUCUGUCAACAUAGACGAAGUUCAGGUGAGUAACUAGCUUUCUAUAAUAGGGACUCUCUUCACUAGGUAUUUUAAAGUUGCUGCUUUCUAAUUGGAUAUUAGGAAGUUUUAUAUGAUAUGCCCUCUGAGUAAUAGAUAAUCCUCAUCUAUAAAGUUCCAGAAUAUUUGCCUAGGUUAGAUCUCCCCUGGCUUAGAGCAGUUAUACCUAUAGUAACAGUAGGUUUUUGAGAUUUUGGAGUAUUACUUUUCUGAUUAACCUAGGAUUCUGAUUAACCUGGAAUGUGGGACUUGUGAAAGAAAUUGGAUUUUGUUAGCCCAAAGAAUCAUCUGCAUCCCACUCUAUUUGAGGUCUUGGUAAUAGAUGUCAAUUUAAAUAUGCAUCUAUUGAAAGCAGUGGAGUUUUCCAAGCAUUAUGACUUCCUUGAUAAUUUUCAGUCUUAUCUUUUUUCUUAUUUUCUAGUCUCUUUCCCUGUCUUUAGUCUUCUUCCUCUUAAAUGGUGCUUUUCCCAGGGCCAGUCUUUUUACUUUCUAAGCAAGCAGGCUUUUUUGUUCAGCAUAAGCCAGAGUUAGAUAUUAUGAUUACUUUGAAACAUCUGAAUAUGUUACAUUCCAAAGUGUGUAAUUAUUGAUAGUAGUAUCAAAACCUGAAAGAUAUUGGUGCAGAUUAUUCAGUUUUGCUGUGUAGGCAGACUGUCUUUCUCCUCAACUGUGACACACUGCAGUGACUUGAGAAGGCAAAUAUUACUUGAAACCCCCAUUAUCUUUAUAGAGGGUACGUAUAUAAAUUUUCUUACCUGACAUUUUUACCAUUAUCAAUAUAUCAGUAGCUCACAUCUUAACAUAGAAGAAGCCCAUUAGCUCAAAUACUGGAAGCUUCAAACAAGGAAAUAAAUUACAAAAGCAAAGCAGUUAAUGAAAAAAACCUGUCUAUUGCCUGCGUCUUUCAUGUCUGCUCAAUAGGUCCUGUUGAGGAGGCUAGAAUACACCAUCCAGUUAAGAAAGGGGUUGUUUUGUUUUGUUUAAGACAGAGUCUUGGUCUGUCUUCCAGGCUGGAGUGCAGUGGGUCAAUCUUGGCUCACUGCAAUCUCCACCUCCUUGGUUCAAGCAGUUCUCGUGCCUCAGCCUCCCAAAUAGCUGAGAUUACAGGCGUGUGCCACCAUGCCCAGCUAAUUUUUUUAUUUUUAGUAGAGAUGGGGUUUCACCAUGUUGGCCAGGCUGGUCAUGAACUCCUGGCCUCAAUUGAUCCUCCCGCUUCGGCCUCCCAAAGUGCUAGACUUAGAGGCAUGAACCACUGCACCCAGCCUCAGUUAAGAGAGUUUUAUAUUCAGCAUCUCAUAUGGCCUACACCAUGAUUUAAUAUACUGUGAAUCUUAGGAUUUCAGUUAAUCCAUAAUGCCAGGAGUUAAGGUAUUUCAUGGGAACAUGUUUCCUCUUUUAUGAAAUCACCUGUCUGCAGUGAUAGGUAAUGUAUAAGAGAAUGUUUCAUUAAGUAAAUAUUAAGUACUUUUUAAUACCAGACAACAUGCUUGGGAUUUGUAUAAUAAAACUGGUUUUAGACAUAGUUUAGACAUGAUGUGUCUUCCUAUACUUGAGAGUCCUAAGCCCACUUGGUUGGCGUCUGGGAUGUAUUGCUUUUGAAAAGCCUGCACUUUUUACUGUAGAGAUAAAAGAUCAAAAAGGGGACAGAAUUAGCUUUAUUAAGUGCUUUAUUGUCAUAACUGUGGUUAAGACAAUAAUACUAUGAGGUAAUAACAGUAAUGUUAAAAAUAACUAACUUUUUUUGAAUGCUUACUAUGUGCCAGGCACAGUUCUAUGUGCUUCACAUUGAUUAACUCAUCUAAUCCUUAUGACAAUCCCAUGAGGGUAGAUAACAUCCUCAUUUUAGAUGGGAAGAAACAGACACAGCUGACUCAGGCUAACACUAGAGUUGCCUCUAGUAGGUGUAAUUAUAUCAUAUUUUAUAGAUGAGGAAACUGAUGAACCCAAGGUUACAUAACUGGUAAAUUACAGAGCCAAUAUUUACCAAUCUUGAUUCCAAAGCCCAGAGUAUCUGCAUGAUGUCAUAUUGAUUCCAUUUACUUAUCAAGAGUUGAAGUUGACUGGAAUAUACAGUAGCCAGGAACAGUACUGCUUUUUGUGAAUGUGUAAUUCAAGAGUAAGUGAUUAGAAGAUUCUUCAAAAGCUGAUGCAGUUGAUCUCUGAGCAGAGUUGGAUAGUGAAUAUUUUCGGUGGAUAUUGCCCACUGAUUCAAGGGAGUCACCUGUGUGGUUAGGUCUAAUAGUGAGUGAGGUACUAUCAAGGCAAAAAUUGAAAGAGUUCCAGUUACCUAUAGCUGUGUAACAAACUUAAUUAAAAUUAAGUAAUUUUAAUUACUUAAAAUCAACCAUUUACUAUAUCAUGAUUUUGUGAAUCAGAAAAUCCAGGAAGGGCUUGUCUGGGCAAUUCUGCUCCCUGUGACAAUGACUCAGGUCACCUGGUGGUAUUCAGCAGGUGGUUAGACAAGUCUGGAAGGAAUGUCCAAGAUGAUCUUACUUACAUACCUGACACUUUGGUGGGGAGACUAGAAGGAUGGACUCAGCAGGGCUUCUCUUUCUCUCCAUGAAGUCUAAGGACUCUCCAUGUGUUCUCUUCAUCAAGGUAGUCAGAUUUACUACAAGGACAGCUAAGGCCUCUGAAAGGCUGGGCAGAAGAAUCUAGUCAACUUAAAGGCCAGGCCUAGAAUUAUCAUACAGCCACCACUGUACUCUUGGUCAAAGAACUUAAUGGUAAGAUGACAGCAAGAAUGAGGGGGGAAAAAAGAACUCAAUGGUCAGCCCAAAUUUAAGGAGAGAAGAAAUACCCUACCACUUUAUGGAAGGCAUGUCCAGGACUUGGGGCUAUUUUUAAUGUGUUAAUGUUUUUUUUGUUUUGUUUUGUUUUUUGUCUUGACUCUUUGGUGUUUAUUCAUCAGUUGUUUGUGCUGUAGAAACCAUUUAUUAUGUCUACCAUGGGUCACUAAAGGAGCUAGAAGGAGAAUGAGACAAAUAUCUGGAGCAUACUUCAUUUGCUGCCCUCUCCCUCCAAGUUUCAUUUAUCUUACAGCAAAAUUUUCAUUUUGUACUGUGUUCCAAGUUGUGAACAUUUGCCUGGUUUUGCUCUGAAGCCACGGUAACUACAUGCGGAGCUAGAAAUACUCUAGGAGUAAAAAGCUUACAUUUUUUUUUUGUUUGUUUUUUGUUUUAGGACAGAGUUUCACUCUGUCACCCAGGCUGGAGUGCAGUGGUACAAUCACAGCUCACUGCAGCCUCAACCUCCUGGACUCAAGCAAUCCUCCCACCUCAUCCUCCCAAGUAGCUGGGACUCCAGAUGUGUGCCACUACACCUGGCUAAUUUUUGUGUAUUUUUAGAGACGGGAUCUCACCAUGUUACCUGGGCUGGUCUUGAACUCCUGAACUCAAGAGAUCCACCUUCCUCGGCCUCCUGAAGUGCUGGGAUUACAGGCAUGAGCCAACGUGCCUGGCCCGGAAAGCUUAGUAUUAAAUAAUUUGAUUUCUUGGAGAUACCAGCUGUAUUUUAAGUUUACAAAUAGGUGAAUACUCUUGUGGUAUGGAAACAUUGCAUGGCUGCUGGAUCUCUUUCAACAGGAGUUUCUAUUGGGUGGCUACAUGGAUCAUAUUCUUGAGAUAGUGAAAAGUUUUACCUACUUAUCUUAAUCCCAUCUCUACCUCUACACCUCCUCCAGCAUGAUUUUGUGCUAGAAGAUGAAUCAGUUCCUUUCAUUCUUGUUACCUUUCAUACAGGAAAAUUCAUCGCCCAAUUUUAUAUGUUGUUAAUCUUUUAAAAUUGGCUGUUGUUACCAGCCUCUCUCAUUUAAAAUAACAGAUCAUUGAAGUUUUUUGAUUUUUGGUUAGAUGUGUCAGAUUUAGGAUGCCUUAUUUAAACUCAUGCUGUCUUACUAGACUGUUCCUGCUCUGAGAAGAAAUAUGGACAGAGAAUGAAUUUCACUGUCCAUAUUGAUGAACCCCAAAUCAAUACACUUCUUAAGAAAGGUUUGAGAUUAUCCAGUCCAUGUGCAAUGAAUCCUUGGAGCAUUAGCUGUGUGGCCUUCCUACUGAUCAUCUGCAGUUACCACAGUAAAGAGAUCUCUGUUCCUAGGUCAGGCCUUAGCAAUUACAAAUACAGGAAAUAAAGGGGUACUCAAUGCUGAAGACUUAAUUUUGGGUACCUACAAAAUCCUGGAAAGGGAAAAAGAAGACCUUGGCGUUUGUAUUUGAAUAACCAGAGAUGGAGUGUUUGAGGCUUUUAGGCAUAAAGAUUAAUUAGAUUUUAUCAUAUAAAAAUUUAAAGGCCUUAAAACUUUCUUUUGGAUUCACAUUUCCACUCUGGUAUAAUCCACUCUGGUGUAGUCUGCCCUUUAUGACAGAGAAAGCCUUUGAAAAUAUUGUCCCAGGGAAUGAAAAAUCUUAAUGAUGAUCUAUGGAAAUGUCUCUCAUUCUCUAUUAUAGCCCUUUGGGCCCUCCUAUAGAUUCUCUGUGAAUCUAAGUUUGAAAUCAUUUGGUGUUUGCAUGAAAAAUAAUUCUUACUAUUCAUUUAAAUAAUUCUUAAAUGUGGUCUUAAAUUGCAAGAGAGAACAAAGCCAGAAAAAAGGGAACCUUGUAGAUUGACCAAAUAUUUAUUCUUUAUUUUCAGCAUCACAAAUCUAAACCAUUUCAAGCUAAUACAACAACCUGAGUGAGUAGAAAUUCCUUAAGGUUUAGAUUUCUGCUUUUAGUCACAUCUUGAAGCAGAUGUUUAUGACAUAUUUGAAGAUGAUCCACUGAGUUUCCUAUAAAGUAAUAGAAUCCUAACUAUAGUGGUUCUUUAAGAACCACUGAAAAAACAGAAUUGCAGUGCAGGGAACAAAGCUUAAAAUGUGUUUCCUCUGGAAGCCAAGAUGCUAAAAAAGUGGUCACUAAAAGUGUGACUGAAGUCCAUCUCUAGAAUGGCUAUCAGUUAGAUAGCAGAAAUAUUUAGAAUGUAUAUGGCAUUUCUAAUAUUUUUACAAAAAUUAUUUUAAAUCAUGUAACUCGAAUUUUUUUUAAAAAGUCUGUUUUCUUUUUGGAAAACUGGCACAAUAAAAAUAACACUAAUAUAAUUCCAUUGUAUAUGCAUGUGCAUUGAACCCAGAGUGGGUAUACUAAAGAUAGUUCAUGCAAAUAACUUAUGGGAAGUUUGGCUAUUUUUUCAUGUAUGUUUAUAAAUAUAUUUAGUCAUCUACUGUGACCUUGGUAGCACAGAAGCAUUUUGUUAGCUGUAUCAUUAAUUCUAAAAAUCAAAUUCUUGGCAUAGUAGGCUAUGAGAGCUUUUUGUUACUUUGUAUUUUGGCUAAGAAAAUUAUUUCUUGCACUUUCUAUUUAUAAAGAUGUUAUAACACAAUGCACCCACUUAAUGCAGCUUUUCUUUAGAGAAAAAAGAUGUAGGUGUAAAAGUGAAAGGUAUGUUUUCAAACCUGGCAAAAGGAGGGACCUCAAAAAAAUAAAUUUGACUUGCCAUCUACCUGAGUAGGGUUGGGGAUUAAUAAAAAACUUAGGUUGAAAGUGGCUGUUGGGAUAGGUAUACUGUUGCUGUGAAUUGCAAUAUUGCUGUGAGUUGCCAGCUAUGUGUGUGUAAGUUUAUGUGUGUAUGUGAGAAAAAGGUAUUUUGUGAAGGCAUAAAAGUCAGUGUAGAAUAUCCUACCUCCCACUAGAGACUGAGCAUAUUCAAGAUUGCUCUGUAGUCCCUUGGGCAGGAAGCUGGAUUCCUCAGCCACUGUCUACCCCAUUCUUCUCUAUACUCACUUCAGCUCCUCUACCUCUGAGCACUUGGCUGAAGAAAGAGUAUAGCUUUCUGUAGCAAGCAAAGGAAAGCCAGGCCCAAAAUACAGAGGCUGCAGUAUCUGAAAUUCUUAUCAAGUUCAGAUAUCAAUAUUUGAUUUUGUUGCCCAAAUCAAACAAUGUCAGAACACUUGAGUUUAGUGCUUUUUUUCUCUCUCUCUCUCUCUCCCACAAACUUCUCCCGGUUUACUGCUUUUAUCCACUGGCUUCUGUUUGGCAGGAGUAGCCAGUGGAGGUCAAGUCUGUUUUUAAAGACUAAAACACCUAAUUCCUUUUAAUGAUGUGUAACAUUUGUUUGAAUCCCCAACUUUUUUUUUUUGGGGGGGGGGGUAGAGAUGGAGUCUCCCUAUGUUGCCCAGUCUCGUCUUAAACGUCUAGGUUUGGUUGGAUGCAGUGGCUCACACCUGUAAUCCCAGCACUUUGGGAAGCUGAGGUAGGCGGAUCACCUGAUGUCAGGAGUUCGAGACCAGCCUGGCCAACAUUGUGAAACCCCGUCUCUACUAAAAAUACAAAAAAUUAGCUGAGUGUGGUGGCAGCAUCUGUAGUCCCAGCUACUCUGGAGGCUGAGGCAGGAGAAUCGCUUGAACUCGGGAGGUGGAAAUUGCAGUGAGCCGAGAUCACACAGUUGCACUCCAGCCUGAGCAACAAGAGCGAGACUCCAUCUCAAAAAAAAAAGUCUGGGCUCAAGCGAUCCUACCACCUCAGCCUCCCCAAAGUGAUAGGAUUACAGGUGCCAGUCACCACACCUGGCCCAUGAUGGAUUUUCAGAUGACCUCUUUUACUUCUAAUCUCUCCAAAGAGAGAUAUUCUUAUUUUUAAGGUCAAUAUUGUCUUAAUAGUCAUGAUGUCCUCACCUGAAUGUUGUAGGUGUCAGAAAGUUGUUUCAAUAGUAAUAUGCCACCAGGCAGACCACCUAAUCUUUAAAUCCAGUUGUAGCACUCAAUUUUCUGUUUGGGGCACUAGUGCAAGUCAACUUGCCCACUUUUCUAAUAUUUCUUACAGCUAAGGAGGAACUGUUGGUCCUUUGAUAUCCUAGAAUGCUUUCUACUUGUGGAAAUGCUUUUCACCCUAAUACACUGAUUAUAUUGUAUAAAUGUCUAAACAGGGAUUCUCUGGUUAGAAGUGAAAUGAGAGAGUGAUCCAUUUUCAGAUUUUUAGAGAUUGGCUCCCGUAUUUUAGGUACUAGCUGGUAAGUAUUUAGUUUUCCUGGUGACUUUGGAUACGGCAAGUGGAGAUACAGAGAAUGUGAAAUUCCAAAUAAUAAGACAAGCAUUACUCACAAAUGAUGACUGAUACAGUAAUUUCUGCCCAAAUGCAGUAAGAAUCUUGUAGGGAGAUGAAGUGGUAAAAUUAAAUUAUAUGAAUCUUUUUACCAUGACUAUUUAUUUUUUUUCCUACCUGUAGCGUAGUUCUCUGCCUAUAAGCCAUGCUAAUAUCCUAGACCCAGGAAUUAAUUCCUGCUUAGGAAAAUUUUUCCUUCUGGCUUAUCUUUUGUUUGUGCCCAGAGUUUUGUUCUAGACCUGUCCCCUGAUCUUUUGCUAUAGCACAUACUUAAGGUGCAGCCUUCUUACCUAAAUCAGUACUUUACUGUUGGUGUUGCUUCCUAUUACAGCCAGUUAUUUAUUUAAAAAGUAGUGAAAAAAUGCCUAGGUAGUUUGAUUGCAGCAUGUUAAAUCCAUAAAUCUGGACAGAAGCCAUGGAAUCUUACCUUUUCUCUCUCUAGCUUGGAUGAACACCGGCCUUAUGCUUUCUAUUAUAGGACUAGUUGACCCAGUUCUUCAUAUUGGUUGCACAUUAGAAUUGCAUAGGACCCCCUCUAGACAUUUACAUUUUAUUAGUCUGUUGUGCAACCUGGGCUUUAGGUGAUUCUAAUGUGCAGCCAAGGUUGAGAAUCACUCCCUAUGUAAUCCCUAGUGGUCAUUGGCAGGAUAACCUCAAUCCAGUUCUCUUUGACCUGAAAAUAUCUUUAUUGAUAUUCCAUGCAUGGCUCUCAAUUCAAAGUGUACAGUGGGUCAAGGCUUAGGUAGCAAAAUGGAUCAUCCAUUUGUCCUCAGAAUAAUUCUGGAGGGAGAUAUUGUCAUCCAUCCAGUUUCCUCUCUAUACCAAAUACAAAGUACACAUAAAUAAGCAAAACAAAUUUUCAAAGUUCCUUCUCUAGAAUCCUCUUUCUUUUGCAUAUGUAGUUUCAGUGGAGAUUUCUCAACUAGCUGAAAUAGAGCACUUGAAUAUAUUAAAAGAGCCCAAACUGCUUACUGCAAUUUCUAUUUGUAAAAUAAACAGGUGGCAUUGUUAAUGGAGAAAAGGAAGGAUCCUACCUGUGGUGAUGGUAAUAUGUUUAUUUAUCUCUUAGCCUGUCUUCUAAGUGGGAUUUCAGUGUCAGUUAACUUUCACUUUUCUUGGAUUGUUUUUUUGUGAAUGAAAUGAACUAGUUAAGGCUUAAGUAUUUCUGAAUAAUAUAUGAAAUGUGAAAUGAGUCAUUUUAGGAUCUUUCUUCUGGGAUGUCAAAGACCUAACCAAGUAACUCCCAAAUGAGGUUCCAGAUUCAUUUUUCUCAUCCCAGGUAGUAAACGUGUUUUAAUGGGUUUGUUACUUGCCCGUGGCAACCUCACACAGAGGGGAGAAGUGUUUUAUUACCCUAAAAUAGUGAGAACCACUGUUCAAACUAACUAGCUACCAAGUGACUUCUAACUCAUGAAGAAAAUUUGUAUUUAAGAGCAAGUUCAAAGGUAGCAGGCUCUCUUCUGAGAGUAUUCUGGAUACCACGGAAAGUUUCAUUUAUAUGUUGGAACUUCAGUAGGUGAUAUGUGCAAGGAGAAAAAGUAGGUCAAGGAGAAAGUUGGUUAGUGCAGAGGACUGAAUUAGCAUCAGUCUGUGAAAUUUCAUUAAAGUAGCACUAAGGCCUGGCUGUUUGCUUAGCAUGUAAAUGCUGCAGUGUCCGAGAAAAUGCCUCCUAUGCCUUAGAAAAUUUGCUGAAGGCUUCCUGUUACUGGUGGAGUAGAAAAGCAAUAGCCUUUGAGACUCCAAAGAGAGUAGCCCCCUUAGGGUUUUCAUACUGAAGAACCUUGUGGAGUACUGUGAAACAUUGUUGAACUUUAUGCAAAUUAUACUGCACUGGAUUUUAAGAUUUUAUGGGGGGAGAGUAGAGCAGAGUGGGGAAGUAAUGAUAAAAGAUAAAUACGUAAACUUGUACUAUAUUUUAAGCAAGGAAUGAAACAAAUUCCCUAACAGGAAUUCCCUGUCAGCACUGUGAAGUUUGGUCAAGUUCUGCCUAAUGGGUUGGCUUGCUGAUUCCUCUUAAACCUCUAGGAAAUCCUUUCUAAGACAGCAAAACAAACGUUAGUUUGAGUACUAUUUCACCACCCUGCUCCAUCCCCCUACUCUCAAGAAAAGAAAAGCAUUCCCAAACUAUAGGCAAAAGAAAUGUGUUCUCAGUCCAUUAAUUUUUCAUCUGCUAUGAUCUCUGUUCACAGUUUUAGCACAUUGCAUUAUUUUGUAAUCUGGUAGCAGAACAUCAGGAACUAAUGGCUUCCUUCCCUUUAAGAAAUCUUAAAGUUAGAACUUUUUUUUUUUUUUUUUUUUUUGAGACAGGGUCUUGAUCUGUCACCCAGGCUGGAGUACAGUGGUGCAAUUAUAGCUCACUGCAGCCUCCGCCUCCUGGACUCUAUCCUCCUGCCUCAGCCUCCCAAGUAGCUGGAACUACAGGCAUGUGCCACCAUGCCCAGCUAAAUUUUCUAUUUUCUUUUAGAGACAGAGUCUCACUAUGUUGCCCAGGCUGGUCUCAAACUCCUGGGCUCAAGCGAUCCUCCCACCUAGGACUCCUAAAGUUACAGGUGUGAGCCACUGUGCUUGGCCUAGAACUCUAUUUUUGGCAUUUCUUUCUAAAUGAGUACAUUGGAAGAACAUUUAGGUUUCCAGGCUCCUCAUAAUUUCUGAAUGGGACCCGCUCUGCUCUGCCUCUGAAAGGAGAAGAAAAGGCUGAGGGUUCAAAGACAGAAAAGUCAAUGUAGCAGAAAUUUGAUUUCCUUCAGAUGGACAUAGUCUGAAAGAAAUCUAUCCAGCUGUUCUCUAUGGUGCUUAUAUGAUGGGUGACAGCUGUCCCCAUCUACCUGUCCCUGGCACUGUGCCUUCACACUGGUCACUGUGAAAAGCAGAUCACACUGGACUCAGAGGCCAGAAUCCAGGACAAGAUCCCCCUUCUCAUCUUGAGCCCAUCACAUCUUUGUAUAGCUGUUAAUGUAGCAUUUACUUCUCUAUGGGAAACUCUUGGGUUUUUAACCCAAGAAGAAAUUGUAAAGCAUUUAAACUAGUCAGAAAAUAAGAUUCUGAUGGUAGUGAUCAAAUAAAGGAAAAUUUCACUUCCUCUCAGUUGAUAUUGAUUGAUAGCAAGGAUCAACUACGCCCACCUCUUCCUAAGUUUCUAAAGGCUACCAUAAUAUUUGUAAACAACAAAUUUAUCUAAUAUUUUUUACAACUUGCUAAUCAAGGAGGAUUCAUAUUAAAACAGACAAUCAGUUUCUAAAAUGUUAUCCCUGAAAGGGAAUGGAAUAGAGUAUUUUUAGCUGUAAGAACCUACCAGUCUGUUUUUUCCCUUUGAAAAAAACUAAUGUUUGAGAUUUGUGUCUUUUCAUCUGAAGCAGUUACUCCAUUAAUAGUAAAGAUGCCUCGGGAAAGUCAGUGAACCAGAAUAGUGCUCUUGCACCACUGAGGGUGCUAGACUGGCUUUGUGCAUCUUAUUUCCUAAGAAUAUCAGUUUUUAUUAUGACCUUAAUUAUAAAUACCUAUAUAUAGGAGUAGGAUUUUCUCUCACCCAACCCUACUUUAAUCAUUAUCACUUAAGUGUAAACCUCCAUCUCCCCCUCUUUCCCUUUACCGAAAAAAAAUGCACUUUAAUUCCUAAGGAGAGUGGCUGUUCCUGGCCCUGAAACCAGAUUACUUCAGGAGGAGAGUUAAGGAGGGAGAACUCUUACCAGACCCUGUGAAAUGAACUAAAUUUCUUAAUGUAAACACACAAGUAAUAUCCACUUUUAAGUGGCCCCCACUCCAUGCCAAAGGGAAAAAGAACCACCAAAUUGAAAAAGGAUUCUAAAUACCUGUCCUGAUUUUGGAAGUUUCACUGGGGAAAAACUACCUAAGAUUAUUUUCACAGCUACCAAUUUGUCAGAAACUUUGGUGGUGUUUUGUGGGAGGCUGAGAUUUUUUAAAUUAAAAAUCAAGUGAAAACACAAAGACUCUAAGAUACGAUCCUGAUUUGUGUCAUUUCUAAGUAUCAGAUUUGUUCUCCCUUCAUUUGACAGGUGUUCUCAGUCUCUCCUCCUGUAAGAUUCUGUCCUUCCCCUGAUGACAAGCCAAUAGUUCUUGGUGGGGUUGCAUGUCUCCUAGAGCCCCAGGACCCCUGUCGUGUCGGGGAAGGGGGGAGGGCAGGAGGGUGGGCAGAGACUCGGGUUGGGGGAGGGAGAUUCAAAGAAAGAGUGAAAAUAUGGGUUUAUAUAAACAUAUUUAAAGCAGUUUAGCAAAAGCUUUCUCGUUGAACAGCUUUAAGAACAAUGUGAAUGAAAUCUUAGCAACUUGGUUAGUAAUCUGAAAAGUCUAUUAAUGUAUACUUGAAAUUCUGUUUGUAUAAAAAUGCAUUUUCCCCUUUAUUUUAACACUGUGUAAAAGAACAUUAUGCAUGUGAGUGGUUUGAGAAUUAAAUGGUUUAAUACUCA